AUGAAAGCUACCCAAUAUGCCCUUUUGGGGAUCAAAUUACAAGCCAUUGAGUUUGAAAAAGAAACACAGAGCAGUUCCCUCAAAACUAUUCUUAGUCUAAGCUAUGGUCGAAGGCUUACUCAACAUCCAAUCUGCAGAAGUGAAAUCUUCAUGUCAGUCUUAGAAACUGAUCUAACAAGUAAGAAGGACAUUGCUCGUGCCUCCCAGUCUGCCUUGGGUCUUUCUGUGCCAGCGUUCUUUGCAUAUCUUCAAGCCCAUUGGAAAGAAUUGGCCCAAUAUAAGCCGUUGACUGAGUUACCAGCAGAUGUUGCCUCUCUUCAUGUCCAAAUGCCUUACUUGCCAGCACACCUACCAGUUUUUGAUGGGUUUAAAAGAAAAGGUGGCUUUGGCGAAGUUGUCAAAUGCAAAAAUUUGGUAGACAAAUGCAUUUACGCAAUUAAGAAAAUACCACUUAAGAAUGACCAGGAAGAGCGCGAAAAAGUGUUAAAUGAGGUGCUUGCUCUAUCGAUAAUGGAACAUCGACAUAUCGUUCGCUAUUAUCAGGCAUGGAUUGAGGAAGGCUAUAUAGAUGAAAAAUCACAAAGCGACCAAGAUUUGUCAUCCUCAGAUGAUUCAGACAAACCGACUACAACAUUAUAUAUUCAAAUGGAGUUCUGCCCCUCGAUUUUGCAAGCACGAUUGGAUUUGUCCAAAGAGUUGGACAAUCAAAUUGAUCAAGAUACAAUUUGGCGUUAUUUUCGCCAAAUUGUCGAAGGUGUGGAGCAUAUUCAUCAUCAGGGCGUCAUUCAUUGCGAUCUUACUAGAGCGAACAUUUUUCUGGACAAAAACAAUAAUAUCAAGAUUGGUGAUUUCGGUUUAGCCACCUUUGUACCCGACGGUGUGAGCGUUGAAAUUUCAGGAGGUGUCGGGAAUAUGGCAUAUCGGGCACCGGAGUUGAUUGUGCAGGAGAAGGCGAAGGCAAAGGCGAAUGAUACGAUUUCCAUCACUCAAAAAGCCGAUAUAUUCAGUGUAGGUUUAUUGUUAUGUGAUCUCUUGUAUCAGUUCCAGACUGAUAGCGAGAGAUUCACACUUUUUAGAGAUAUCAAGGAGGGGUCCUCUCCAGAUAAAGUGAAUCCCAUUCUGUCUGAUCUUUUUGAUUUGAAUCCGCUUCAUCGACCUUCUGCGACUGUUCUACUACAGAGAGAUCUACCAUGGGGAG